AUGCUGGUUGUUCCCGCUCUGGUUGGUCGUUUCCGCUCGUACCAGCCGAUGUCCAUGUCUCUUUUGAGAACCUGCAAGCAAAUCCACAACGAAGCCACUGGACUGCUCUACUGCGGCACCACAUUUUCCAUCGAGCCCUCCUCCGUGGAAAGUGCAGAGGUUCACCUCAACAAACUCACAACCAACGAAGGCAUGCAAAGAGUGAAGAGAGUCGUGAUUAGGGCGUGGACGACCUAUGACCACGAAAGGGAAAAGCAUGUUUUCGACCGGAAAAUCUUGAAGGGCAUGAUCGCCAACCUAGGCAAAUUGCGGUCGUUCGCUGGCAAGUUCGAGCAGUUGACUUGGGAGCUCCAAGUUCAGGACGGAAUUGAGCUCAAGAUUGACGUUUUCGACUACGAAAGUUCGCUGGCCAAGACUAUCGCCGGCGCCCGGAAAACAAUUGCGAAAACGGCUGCUGACGGCGACAAGAAGUGGGCUGCAUGCGAGGAAAAGUUCCUGAGUGAACUGGGUCUCGACGCCGCUUGA